GGGUGAAGUUCAAUAUACAAUGGCAGAAAAACCUUUGACAGACUGGGACAGUGGUCUUUGUGACUGCUUUGAGGAUGCACGUACUUGCUGCUAUGGAUUCUGGUGCUGCCCCUGUCUUGCCUGCACUGUUUCAGGAAGAUUUGGAGAGAACAACUGUCUCCCUUUAUGUGAUAUAUGUGGCUCUGGUGUAUUAGCAGCCUUUGGGAUACCUGUUUGUGUUCCUCCUGCAGUUUUGUCUGUAAGAGCUGCCAUGCGAAACAGAUAUGGCAUCAAGGGCUCUCUCUGUAAGGACAUUGCAAUUUCCUGUUUCUGUGAGUGGUGCUCCUGGUGUCAGAUGCAUCGUGAGUUAAGGCAUCGCAAGAAAACCCCGACUGUCAUCAACAUACAGAAUAACACUGUUGUCAACAUGCAGCCUAUUCCAACUUUUCAGCCAGGAGUGAUGAUGCUGCCUGCACAACCAGUUGCAACUGGUUUCAUGUCUCAACCAACAGUGGUCGUUCAAACAAAGUAACACUCGUAGAAAUCUGAUGCUGCUCAGAGU